CAAAGUGCUGGGGAUUACAGGCGUGAGCCACCGCGCCCGGCCUCUCCAACCAUUUCUUUAGUUCAAGUUUUUCAAAUUUAUCCUAAGUCCCUUCAAACAGCACAAAGUGGAAGCCUAUGCUGGGAUCUGAGACGAAGAGGUCAAAGCAGCUACAUCUUGACGUAAUUUUACUUUAAAUUCUUCUUUAAAAGUUCUGCUUAUUUGCAUUCUUCUGCAUGGAGAGAAAAGGUAAUUUACACUGACUCACCGAGAAGAGCAACGCUUCUCUUAGACGGGGAUCCUCGCCCGGGGCCGCAACCUCUGCACCCCACGGUCUGGAACUCCCACAAAUCCAUUAGGCUCGGCUCCCUUAGGAGCCUCCAGUGUAUGCUGGGAUCAAUCUGAACAGACUAGACAGGCUUCUGAGGCGCUUUCUGCUCAGGACUGCAUUUCCCAGAGGCCACCGCACCGGAAUUAACGGUUCCACUUCCGGCCUCCAGGGGUUGACGACGUAGCUGGGUAAGGUCUUCACGUCCUAAGAAGAAAUCGGUGACUGCGGGAGGUCUUCGUGGACUGGGACUCGAACCUGACCGACCCAGCAGUGCGGUCGUACCAUUAUCCAAAAGAAGGACCGGGAGGAGGAUGAGAGCGUUAUUGCUGCACACUUAAGUCAAGGGGAAGAAGCCCGAGGAAGAUUGACCAAUUUUGUAAUUCUAGAAACAUGGUCCAUGGAUCAGUGACAUUCAGGGAUGUGGCCAUCGACUUCUCUCAGGAGGAGUGGGAGUGCCUGCAGCCUGAACAGAGGACCUUGUACAGGGACGUGAUGUUGGAGAACUACAGCCACCUGAUCUCACUGGGAAGUUCCAUUUCUAAGCCAGAUGUGAUUACGUUACUAGAGCAAGAGAAAGAGCCCUGGAUUGUUGUAAGGAAAGAAACAAGCAGAUGGUAUCCAGAUUUGGAGUCAAAACAUGGACCUGAAAAAAUAUCUCCAGAAAAUGAUAUUUUUGAAAUAAAUUUACCCAAACAUGUUAUAAAGCAAAUAAGUAAAACACUUGGCCUUGAGGCCUUUUAUUUUAGAAAUGACUCAGAAUAUAGAAGUAGAUUUGAGGGACUACAGGGACAUCAAGAAGGAUAUAUCAAUCAGAAGAUCAUCAGCUAUGAAGAAAUACCUACUUAUGCUUCUCUUAUUUAUAAUACACAUAAACCCUAUGAAUGUAAGGAAUGUGGGAAACACUUUAGUCGUGGUUCAAAUCUUAUUCAGCAUCAGAGUAUUCAUACUGGAGAGAAAACCUAUAAAUGCAAAGAAUGUGGGAAAGCCUUUCAACUUCACAUACAACUUACUCGACAUCAGAAAUUUCAUACUGGUGAGAAACCUUUUGAAUGUAAGGAAUGUGGAAAAGCCUUUAGCCUUUCCACCCAGCUUAAUCGCCAUAAGAACAUUCACACAGGUGAGAAACUGUUUGAACGUAAGGAAUGUGGGAGGUCCUUUAAUCGUAGCUCAAACCUUACUCAGCAUCAAAGUAUUCAUGCUGGUGUAAAACCACAUCAAUGUAAGGAGUGUGGGAAAGCCUUUAAUCGUGGUUCAAAUCUUAUUCAGCAUCAAAAAAUUCAUUCCAAUGAGAAACCCUUUGUAUGUAGGGAAUGUGGGAUGGCCUUUAGAUAUCAUUACCAACUUAUUCAAUAUGGCCAAAUUCAUACCAGGGGAGCCUUUGAAUGUAAAGACUGGGGAAGGCCUCAAUCGUGGCUCCUAAUCUUGUUCAAUGAUCAGAUAUCUAUACUGGUGAUAGCUCCCAUGAAAUGUAAGGAGAAAACUCAUACAGGUGAGAAACCCUUUGAAUGUAAGGAAUGUGGGAAAUUCUUCCGUCGUGGUUCAAAUCUUAAUCAACAUCGAAGUAUUCAUACUGGAAAGAAACCCUUUGAAUGUAAGGAAUGUGGGAAAGCCUUUCGACUUCAUAUGCACCUUAUUCGACAUCAGAAAUUUCAUACUGGUGAGAAGCCCUUUGAAUGUAAGGAAUGUGGCAAGGCCUUCAGUCUUCACACCCAGCUUAAUCGCCAUAAGAACAUUCACACAGGUGAGAAGCCAUUUGAAUGUAAAGAAUGUGGGAAGUCCUUUAAUCGUGUCUCGAACCUUGUUCAACAUCAGAGUAUUCAUGCUGGUAUAAAACCAUAUGAAUGUAAGGAGUGUGGGAAAGUCUUUAAUCGUGGUUCAAACCUCAUUCAGCAUCAGAAAAUUCAUUCCAGUGAGAAACCCUUUGUAUGUAAGGAGUGUAGGAAGACCUUUAGAUAUCAUUACCAGCUUAUUGAACAUUACCAAAUUCAUACUGGUGAGAAACCCUUUGAAUGUAAAGAAUGUGGAAAGGCCUUUAGUCUUCUGACACAGCUUGCUGGACAUCAGAUCAUUCAUACUGGUGAGAAGCCAUUUAAAUGUAAGGAGUGUGGGAAGGCCUUUAAUCAUGGCUCAAACCUUGUUCAACCUCGGAGUGUUUAUAAUGGUGAGAAACCGUAUGAAUGUAAGGAGUGUGGGAAGGCUUUUAGACUUCACCUACAACUUUCUCUGCAUCAAAAACUUGUACAGGUGAGAAACCCUUUGAAUGUAAGAAAUGUGGGACAGCCUUCAGACAUCAGUAGCAACUUAUUGAACAUCAGAAAAUUCAUACUUGGGUGAAAACCUUUGAAUGUAACGAAUGUGGGAAGGCCUUUCAAUAUAAUUACCAAUUUCGUGGACAUCAUAGAUUUCAUAUUCGUGAGAACCCUUAUGAAUGUCAAGGAUGUGGGAAAUGCAUUACCAGUGGUAGAAACCUUAGAGUACAUCAGAGAAUUCAUACUGGUAAGAAACCAUAUCAAUGUGAAGAAUGUGGGAAAGCCUUUGGUCAUAGUUCAAACCUAUGAAACAUAUUAAAAUUCAUACUGAUGAGAAACUCUAUGAAUGUAAUGAAUGUGAAAAGGCCUUUAGCAGUAAUUAUGAACUUACUGUACAUCUGAGAAUCCAUACUGCUGAGAAACCCUGUGAGUGUAAAGAAUGUGGAAAACUUUUGGAUUUAGCUUAGUCUUUACUGCACAUCAAAGAAUUCAUACUAGUAUGAACCGUAUGAAUGUAAAGAAUGUGGAAAGACUUCUACUUGUAGCUCAAGCCUUGUUCAACAUGUUAAAAUUCAUACUGGUGAGUGACCCUGUGAAUGUAAAGGAUGUGGGAAGACCUUUAGACUUAGUUCAGUCCUUUCUGCACAUCACAGAAUUCAUACUGGCAUGAAACCCUAUGAAUGUAAAGAAUGUGAGCAAACCCUUACUGUGAAUGAUCCGCUUACUCAACAUCAGAAAAUUCAUAAUAGUUAGAAGUUAUAUGAAUAUAAGGAGUGUAGACAAGCCUUCACUGUGUAUGAAAAAUUUGCUCAACACCAGAGAAUUCAUAUUGAUGAGAAAUCCUGUGAACAUAACAGAAUGUGUGAUGAACUUUCAUUGUGGCCUGGGAUUUGCUCAACAUCAGAGUAUUCAUACUGCUGAGAACUCCUUUGAGUGUAAGGAAUGUGGGAUGUUUUAUAGCCACACUAAAUGACUUAAGAGUUUAAAGAAGGUAAUUUUGGUGAGAAAGUUAUUGAUGUGAGGAAUGUAGAGUAGCUGCCAUGUUCACAGUUUACUGCCCAUGAAAUAUUUUACUGGGUACAGGCAUACUUGCUUAAUUGUGCAUUGCAGUUACUGGAUUUUAUAUACAUUGAAGGUCUGCAGCAACCUUGCAGUGAAUAAGUCUAUCAGCACCCAGCAUGUGCACACUUCAUGUCUUUGUGUCACACUUUGGUAGUUUUCAUAAUAUUUCAAACUUUUUUAUUGUUAUAUGUGUUAUGGUGAUCUGUGACCAGUGUUUUUUGAUGUUACUAGUGUAAUUGGGGAUACCACAAAUCCUGCCCAUAAAAUAUGGUGAACCUAGUUGAUAAUUGUUGCAGGUUUGGAAAGAACAGUAAAAUAUACACCCAUAUCCCCUCACCUAGAUUCAAAAUUGUUAACAAUUUGCCACAUUUAUUUUUUGUAGAUUUGUUGUACCAUUGAGAAUAAGUUUUAGACCAUUGAGAAUAAGUUUUAGACAUCAUGACACUUUACCCCUUGUUACGUCAGCAUGUGUGUUACCCAAACAUAAAGACAAUAUUGUAUAACCAUAGUACCAUAAUUACCCUUAAGGAAAAUAUUCAUAAUUCUAUAAUAUCAUUCCAUCUUCAGAUUUCUUCAUUGAUCGGCAAACCAUCUUUUACAGCUAUUCAUUUUCUAAGGAGAAUCCAUUGCAGAUUCUGCAUUGCAUUUGGUUAUCUCUCUUUAGUGUAUUGUAGCAUGGAAACCCCAUGAAGGUAUGCUCGCAAAUUAUGGUGGGUAUCAGAAUCACCUGUGGAACUUAGUAAACCUAGAGAAGUGUAGCCCUAGCUUAUAAGCCUGGGCCUCUGUUUUUUAUUAUUUCUCCAGGUUUUGUGACUGUGAUACCAACCAGAGUUAGAGAGCCACUGGUCUAGAACAUUUCUCCUCAUUUAAAACAAAAUACAUUGAAUUUUGAGUAGGUCAGAAAUAUUGUCGGCUACAUGUUUUGAUUUCUUUCUUUAUAGUGUCAUUUAGCCUUGUUCUUGGUUGUAUUUUCUGUACAAUGGAAUGUAAGUCCAGAGGCUUUCUUAGGUCUAGAUUAAACAUUUUGGGGAAGAAUACUUUGUAGGUUAUUUGUAUGUCAUAUUGUACUGUCAGAAAACAUUUACCUGCAGGUCCUUGCAUUAGUGAAACUAAGGAUGAUCAUUUGGGUAAGCUGGUAACUGCCAUAAGUCCAUUGUAAAGAUUUAGUUUGUAGUGGGUAAGUAAUCUAUGGAGAGAUAUUGUCAUCUCUGAAAAUUUAUAGUCAUGUGUAUUUAAGCCCUGGAUUGAAUACAAAAUGAAAUUUGAAAUAGACUAUUGAGAAAUGAAUGCCAUUAAAGUGUCAGCAUAAUUCAACUUGUGUGAUAUGGCUGACACUGUACUCAGUACAAAACUGGCACCCUUCGGAUUAUGCAGGGAGCCACGAUUGUCUGGAAUCUUUUUUUUUUUGUUCAAUAUUUAUCACCAGCACCUAUCCCAUGGCUGGUACAUGAGCUAUUGAUAAACUUUGAAAAAAAAAAAACCUUUAAAUCAAGCUGUAAAACAUGAUACCAUUGGGCUGGGAGCAGUGGCUCACACCUGUAAUCCCAGCACUUUGGGAGGCCAAGGUGGGCAGAUCACCUGAGGUCAGGAGUUUGAGACCAACCUGGCUGAUAUGGCAAAACUCCUUCUCUCCUAAAAAUAAAAAAAUUACCUGGACGUAGUGGCACAUGCAUGUAAUCCCAGCUACUUGGGAGGCUGAGGCAGGAGAAUCACCCAAACUCAGAAGGUGAAGGUUGCAGUCAGCUGAGAUUGCGCCACUGCACUCCAGCCUGGGCGACAGAGUGAGACUUCGUCUCAAAAAAAACCCAAAACAAAACAUGAUACCAUUGUGGCAUCAUGAAUUACAUUAAUUUUUUUUAAGAUAAAGAAUAAUCCUUUGUGAUUUUAUUCCAUUGUGUUAAAAAAUCUAUAAAGUGAUAAUUUAUAUUGAUAGCUUUCUUCUUUCUAUGAAUAUACCCUGGUCAGAUGAUUAUUCUUUUGAUAGACUACUUAACUCUAUCUUUAACCACUUAAUUGCAUCUAUAAUCAUAAGUUGUAAUUUUCCAAGUGUUUUUCAGGUAUUGAUAUUGCAAUGAUAUACCACUUAUAAAACAAGAUUAUAUAAAACUUGGCUUUCAAA